AUGCCGCUCUGUCUCACCUUCAUCGACUUGAAGAAGGCCUUCGACUCAGUUGAGACGAAAGCGGUCGUGGAAGCCUUGGACAACCAAGACGUCCCUACUCAGUACAUAAAGGUACUUCGAGAGUUGUACAGUAACUUCACGACCGGAAUUUCGCCAUUCUACAAGAACAUCAUCAUUGACGUGAAGAGGGGGGUCCGACAGGGUGAUACAAUUUCACCCAAAAUAUUCACAGCCACCCUCGAGAACGCAAUGCGAAAGGUGGAAUGGGACGACAUGGGAGUGAAGAUUGAUGGUCGGCAGCUACACCAUUUGCGCUUUGCUGAUGACAUCGUACCGAUAACACCUAGCAUCAGCUAA